GUCGUCAUAAAGUAAUUACCGUCAUAUCCUUUAGGUUCUUUGAUGUAUUAACAAUUUAUGUCGUGUGUGUCUCUCGAAACGUGUAAAAGGAGGAAUAUACGCAAUUUGUCGCAAGGUAACCUGCACGGUAAAGUAAAGUCGUCUUUACUUUGAAAACGUAAACGGAAGUAGGUGCGUGUUCGGCUGCGCUAGUCGGCAGGGUGUCGCCAAAAGUCGUCGGUCGGUGUGCGAAUGCGCCGCUAACCGCUUUGAGUUCGCAACUUGUGGAGGACUCGGUCGCGGCUUGGGAGCGCUUCAACUCUCCGGCGGCCACGGAGACCGCCAUGGAGGUGGACAAAAUGGACGAGAACGACUGGCGCUACCACGGCGAGGGCAACAAGAGCCUGGUUGUCUCCCACGUACAGCUGUCCAAAGUUCUGCGCCUGCUCAAGUAUCCAACUGAGGACUCUGAAAACCCGCCGCAGACGGCCGAGCAAGCCUUCAGGCAGAUCCAGAACAUCGUUGACUUCGGCUCCAACGUGAUGAGCAGCCUGCUGGGCAACAAGUUCAUCCACAGCGGAGAAGUCGUCAAGCUGCCGCUGGAGUUUGUCCGUCAGCUGUCAAUCAAAGUCCAACAGCACCGGCCCGCGUGGCGCUGCGACAAAGUGAUGGACAUCUACAGCGGCUGCGCUCUUUGUCUGCCCAACUUGACGCGGCCCAGCGGCCUCCUUACCCUCUCGCACAUUCCUCCGCUUUGUGUGGAAAUCAAGCCCAAGUGCGGCUUCCUACCGUCGUCCAAGCACAUCAGCCGAGACGUCAAGAGCAAAGUGUGUCGCUUCUGCAUGCACCAACACUACAAAGUGGCUACCGGGCGCUGGAAAAGACGCAGCCUGUACUGCCCGCUGGACUUGUUCUCAGGGAGCAGACAGCGGAUGCACUUUGCCGUCCGACAACUCAUUGAAGAACCUCAGAACAACUUCAAAAUCUUUAAGGGGGGUCAGUGCAUAUACAGCGGGGGCGCUGGCGACGAUUCCUCGGACCUUAACACUCUGCUCUACCACCUGCGACCUUAUUUCCUCUACGCCAACAAUCGCCUCCACGCGCACACGAGCGCCAAAGCCGUCCUGGGGGACUUCAUCCAGGUGCUGGUCAACGCCUUGCUGAACGGCGGCGGCGCGACAGAGCGACGGGAAGAUGGCCGCGCUUUCUGCGAGGCUAGCCUCUUCAACAAAGACAGAAGUCGACACGGCUCUCAGGGUUUGCCCGGCGAUAGCGUCCUGUCACGAAUCCUCCGCACGCAAAUGUUGGACAACCUUAACAUCGAAGGCAUUUACCCUCUCUAUCGGCGAGUGGAGCAACACCUGCGCGACUUCCCCAAAGAGAGAAGCCGCCUGCAGGCGGACGGUCCUUACAACGACGCCUUCUUGGAGCGUCUGCAGAAAUGCCUGGCGGAGGACGACGGCUCGCUGGACUUCGCCGUGUCCAAGGUGCAUCAGUACCGCGUGGCCAUGACGGCAAAGGAUUGCUCCGUCAUGGUCGCCCUGGCGCCCGUCGCCGACGACGACCACUGCGACGACCAAGACUGCGACGACGAUUUACGCGGACAACGUCGCCUACGCGACUUCCUGCCGCCGCGACCGUCCGCCUUCUCCUACUCUGUGUCCAUCUUGGACUUGGACCCCAAGCCACUGGACAGCAUUCCCCUACAGCUGGGACUGGACCACAAGAUCGUGGCUUGUUAUGAGCGCGCCUUCGCCCUCAGGCCCGCCUGAAGACGCCACCCUUCCCCGAAAACUUGCCGUCCUGAGCCCCCGCUAAAAUAUCGCCAGCCGCGCCGGGCCCGACGUUUUCCGUCAGUCACGCAUCGCAGCUUUGACGCACACACGCGACAAUCACUUUAAUACGACGGAAGAGUUGACCGUUCACUUCCUGUCCUGGCGUUUCACUUGAAAGUCACAUUUGUUACGACGCGAAAACAACAUUUCUGCCCUCGAUUUUGUGCCAUUUAGAUAGAAUAACAGCACUGGACGGAAGCGUAUUACUGUCACACCCAAAAGUAUCAUGUUUUUACAUGACAAUAUCAAACAUGGUGACAAUGUUCGUUAAAAACUACUUAGUUAACUCAGGAUUAAAACUGCUCUUUCGUACUUAUCCUCACGAGGGAUGCGAGCUAAUUGUGUUAAUAUAGAUUAAUAUUUCAUAAAUAUAACGGUACAUUUAAAAUAAAAGUACUAAACACUACUUUUGAAAUCGUUAUGAUACAGAAUGCAAUUAAUCACUAUAAAUUUCAGUUUUAACUCCACGUUCACUUGUCUACCAUUGACAGUGAUAGACAUCCAAUCUAUUUAAACUGGGAGAUUAAAAUUAGUACCUUAGCCCAUUAUCAUGCGAAAAUGUUUAAAUGUGUUACGUAAAAACAUGAUACUGUUUUAUCGGUGUCGCAGCAAUACGCCGUCAAAGCACUAGGAAGGGGAACUGAUUUUAAUAUUUGACAGACGGUGUGAAACGGGGUUACUGUGAUGUCACUUCCUGUGAGAAAAGUGUGUUUGAAUGUGGAGUGGCUGCUGGUGUCAGCUUGGUGACACGUUUAGGGUCCCGUGUGAAAAGUAAACUUGGGGUGCGCCACCAAAUGGACCUCAGAGGAUGUUUAAAAAAAAUCAAAAUGGCGGCCACCCUUGGUAUAGAGAGUGAGUGCGAGUGUGUAAAUGUUGGGGUAAAGUAUUUGCUAAUACAAAGGCUGCUUGUCUGCCAUUUUGUAUGUAAAUUAUUUAUUUUUGUAGAUUUUGGCUAAUGAGCUCUACUGUCAGUUUAUACUGGAGCGGACUGAUGAAUAAAAAACUGAGAAACAGUGAUGUUUGUGUGUUAUA